UGCUAACCUGCUUUGAAGUAGCAAUGCUCUUACUGUUCGGUGUGGUGAAUGGUUUGUACCCAUUAGGUGUUGGUCAGACUGGAGGAACAGCUCCACCACUAAAUGUAGCUGUUGUAUCAACAAAAAUGAUACUGGGGUAAUGAAAAUCCAUGCUCAUAGAAGGCAGACUGCGGGUACGGGAGAGGAAAAGCUGUUUUGCAAGACAAGCACAAGCAGAUUAAACUACUCAUGUAGGAGAAAAUGAUCCACAGCCUGUUCCUUAUAAACUGUUCUGGUGAUAUAUUCUUGGAGAAGCACUGGAAGAGUGUUGUGAGCCAGUCUGUGUGCGAUUAUUUUUUUGAAGCUCAGGAGAAGGCAGUCGAUGUUGAGAAUGUGCCUCCUGUCAUUUCAACACCACAUCACUACCUCAUCAGCAUCUACCGGGAUAAAAUCUUCUUUGUGUCUGUCAUACAGACAGAAGUGCCGCCACUCUUUGUAAUUGAAUUUCUACACCGUGUAGCAGAUACUUUCCAGGAUUACUUUGGCGAGUGUUCCGAGACUGCAAUUAAGGACAAUGUAGUUAUUGUGUAUGAACUUCUAGAAGAAAUGUUAGACAAUGGCUUUCCGCUAGCGACAGAAUCUAACAUCUUGAAGGAGCUGAUUAAGCCGCCCACAAUUUUGCGCUCUGUUGUCAACUCCAUCACAGGCAGCAGUAAUGUGGGUGACACGCUUCCCACUGGACAACUGUCCAACAUCCCUUGGCGCAGAGCAGGUGUAAAAUACACAAACAAUGAAGCCUAUUUUGAUGUCGUUGAAGAAAUUGAUGCAAUUAUAGACAAAUCAGGUUCCACAGUCUUUGCAGAAAUCCAAGGUGUUAUUGAUUCAUGUAUUAAGCUCUCAGGAAUGCCAGAUCUCUCUCUUUCUUUCAUGAACCCGCGGCUGCUGGAUGAUGUCAGCUUCCAUCCCUGCAUUCGGUUCAAACGCUGGGAGUCUGAGAGAGUCCUUUCAUUCAUUCCUCCCGAUGGGAAUUUCAGACUGAUUUCCUACCGUGUCAGUUCACAGAACUUGGUGGCAAUUCCUGUCUACGUGAAACACGUGAUCAGUUUUAAGGAAAAUAGCUCUUCAGGAAGAUUUGAUGUUACUAUUGGACCAAAACAGAAUAUGGGGAAGACAGUAGAAGGAGUUAUUGUGACAGUUCACAUGCCAAAGGCUGUACUCAAUAUGAACCUCACUGCUACACAAGGCAGCUACAUGUUUGACCCGGUUACUAAAGUGUUAUCGUGGGAUGUUGGCAAAAUCACCCCUCAAAAGCUACCAAACCUGAAGGGCAUCGUGAACCUGCAGUCUGGGGCCCCCAAGCCAGAGGAGAAUCCGAGUUUAAACAUCCAAUUCAAGAUACAACAGCUUGCCAUUUCAGGACUGAAAGUGAAUCGCCUGGACAUGUAUGGAGAAAAGUACAAGCCUUUUAAAGGGGUCAAGUAUAUUACGAAAGCAGGAAAAUUCCAGGUCAGGACAUGAGAAGACGCUGUACUUCCAAGAGGAAAUGCCCCUAAAACCAAACUUGACUGCUUAGUGACUUAUGUUGCUAUUUAUUAGGUGCCAAUUAAUAGACACUGAUUAGUUUGGGAUCAAAGCAUUUGUGCACAGCAGCUCUUAAAAUGAAAGCAUAGCUUAGUUUUUCUUAAUAAGGCUUUAAAAUGAGGUACUUUUUUUCUAAUACACCUUCACCCUUUUUUUUACUGGAUGGUUGUGCUGGUGAAUAGUUUGAUGUAGGUGAUCACAACGUGUCACAAACACUACACUGCCAGGCAGAUACCAAAGCCCAGAGGCCAAGCACAUGAUGGAGGCCAUACAGGCUGCUGGAAGAGCCUUGUAGCACGUACUGCUGCUGCAGUGCCUGCAGAGAAAGCUUGGCUGUUCUAGCCAGCUGCAAGCUGGCGUUCCACAAAGCAUCCCGGAAUCCCUUCAGAAACAGGGCAGCAGUGAGAGGGCCCAGGUCCCACAGGGGUGAGGACCGAGCCAGUGUCACUCCUGAGAAAGAGCUGCUGAGAAGAAAAAAUAACGUCCUCAUUGUUUACAAGAAAUCGCCUUUCUUAAGAAGCAUUUGCCUUAAUCAGCUUUCAUUUGUGCCAUCUGCAGAUGAGCUGAUAUAAACAACAUUCUGCAUUGAAUCCGGGAGGUGAUUGUGCUCUGUAAUCCACUUUCUUCCCAUUCAGUCUCACCCUUGUCAUAAUUUUUUUAAUGAAUACAGUUGCAGAGAGUAAGAUCUAUUUUUUAUGUGAAGCCUUUGCUUUGAUUUCCACGUGUUCAGAGUGGAUGCCAGCAGAUUUGUGCCAUGUGUACAUUGGAGCGUAGCUUCCUAGAUAGCACAAUAGAAUUGUCACAUGCAUUUAAUGGUCGUGUGCUUUAAUGUUAUGAAAUAAAGGGAACUCUACUGCAGAUCAUCUCUUGUGAAGUAUUUGCACUACUGUAAACUAUUCACAGUGCUUUUAGGCAGGAGAACUGCGAUACCAUUGAGCAAUGACUGCUUGCUAUGUCUGUACUGAAUGUGAUCACUGCAUCUGUCGAAAGCUUACUCAGGAACAACGCAGGUAAGUGUCCUUUUUAUCUUUCAGUAGAGAACAACAAAUGUUUAGAUUAUGGCAUUUCUAAGAUAAAAGGGUGACAAUGCAAAGCUGACUGAACUUUUCUUUAUAUGCCAGCACAAACUUGUUAUCUCUGUAAACCCAAGAUGUGCUCUGCUAGCCCUUACCUUUGGCUGCUAUGGACCAGGCCUUGCCAGCUUCCAACGUGGGCAGCACCAGGGGAGGAGGCACAAAGCCACCCUCCCUGGAAAAGCUUUGAUGCCUACCUAACCCACCACCAGCAGUCACUGCCAAUGAGUAUCACACCUACCUGGUAGAAAGCCACCCUGGGCAUGAAGAUGGAUUUCCUCAGGGAAAUAGUGUUUUCGUGAGGCUCAACCUUUGCUGUAGGCGUGCCGACUCCUGGCGUUUCUCCAAACAGGAUACUCAACUAUGGAAUCACAGAAGCAAGGACUCUGCUCAUAUUCUCCCUGCUGAAGAAAAGAGCCCCAGCACAUGCGUGAACAGCACAGCUGAAGGCACUGGAGGGUGGCACUAUGGAGGAACUGGGACUGCCAUCUCCUGAUCUCACCUGCUCUACGUGUCCAGUGCUGGAGGACUGACAAAGGCAACAGUUUCAGGU